AUCCACCGUUCACCCUCCAGCCCGUCGACACACUUCUGCAUGCAGCACCGGGGUACACCGUCUCUGAGGCAAGGCUGCAACCGGAAAACUGGAAAACACUGGAUCUAUGCCGGCGUUUUCGCCUUUUCGUGCUUUUCUGCGUUUCUCUAAGCCAUAUAUGGGCACUGAUGUCGUCGCCCGGCGCUCCGUUUCUGUGAAAUGGAUGCUGAUACCUCGGCUGCCACCUUUGCCUAAGCCGCUUCUCAACAGUCGCGACUUUGGACAACGAUCGGUUCUUUGGUCGAUUCCAACCCCGUUCCCUCCCAAUUGCCUUCUCCAUAUCUUUUCGCUUGGAAACCCUUUCGCAUGUCUGAACGGUGGACGAUCGUCUUCACAGUCGUUUCGGUGCUCGCCGAACCCCCUGUCUUUUCGUCCAAAGAACCGAUUUGUUGCGGUUGUCCCGGAGUUCCCCUGACUGCCAUUUUGCACUCCCCCUUGGAUGUUCGAAUCGGCUCAUACUUCUUUCUUACUCGGUACCCAGGUAGAAGCGCGUUUCUCUUAACGGUGUGAAGUUCCGGUUUCUCCUGCCGUCCACUUUCUUGUCGAGGCACGAACUGGGCCACACAACAUGGUCAGUGCAUGCACUUUGCAGGUUGCAAAUUAAUUUUGAGCUGUUUCCUGAACAACGUACCGACACUAUUUCGUUCGUGCGCCAGGGAAUCCGACAAAAAGGGACUUCCGUCUAAACUACCAAGAAGCGUCUUUGGGCGAUUCGGUUCCGGUGUUGCGGGGAGGGGGGUUCGAGACAAACGAGAGGUUUCGCGUUUUUUUCUCCAUUUCACCUCUUCCGUUUGUUUCUCCAGCCAGCACUGAAUGCAGCUACUACCCAGAUUCACAGGGAGAGCUUAGUGACGCACUUCCCGCGGUAAACAGGUCUUCGGAUCCGAGGUGUUUGUACACCCCAGCCUCUGCGAGUGGUUCGGGUAUCCUAUUGUGGUGACCCUUCACUUUCAUGACGAAACGCCCAGAAACGGCUGUGAAUAUUCACCAAACAGUUUUUUUUGAGAACGAGUUGCGGUGAAUUCGCUUCUUUCUCGUCUCAAUUUUUCCGCCGGCCGCUCUGCCGCAUCUUCAACCACGGAACCGGUUUCGCCUUACGUUGAACGAUGGCUCUAGCUGCUGCAUCGUCCGCUUCCGCCUCCUCAGACCAGAAGCGUGAGGACGGUGCAGGAGCUGCCGGCCUGGCUGAGCUCGAAAAGAAAGAGUGGACGGUUCCAGAGCUCCAGCAAGCUCUCCAUCGUGUGGAACGUGAGAAGGUUAUUCUCGUCAGUAAAAUUCAAGAUUUGCAACAGGAUACUUCUGAACACCGCUUGGUUCUCGACGCUUUUGCGAAGGUCAAUGCAGACCGCCGGUGUUAUCGGAUGGUCGGAGGCGUCCUGGUACAGCGUACUGUUGGAGAGGUCAAGCCGGCAUUGGAGGAACAUAAGCAAAAGGUGGACGCGACUCUGGAGCUGCUGGAAAAGAAUUUAGAGACUUUGCUCGCGACUCACUCGCUGUACACUCGCAAGUACCUUCAACUGACGGGUCAAGCUGCACCAGCGGCAGGCAAAGAUGCGGCCCCUGCGUCGAAGGUAGCUGAUGACAAAGAGGUGUCCGGGAGUUCUGGAAUUCUUGUUUAAACUCUACCCGUUCAUUCUCAUGUCAUGCAUGCAAUGAAUCUCUGUUGCUUCUUUUGGGGCUUCUGGGAAUCUCUGACGUUCACCAAGCUCCGGGCUUGGUAACGAAACUCAUUCUCGGUUUGCGUUCGGCACUCGCGGUGCAUGCAAGAGAAAUGAAUCCCUUCGAUUGGAACGUGCAUGCAGUUCGGACUUUUUUUCACCUCAUACAACAGAAACCUUUUGGCAAAGAAAAGGAGGCAUCCUCACUCGACG